AUGGAACGUCUGAAGGUCAAGCGAGGAGCGCGACGUGGACAGUCAACGAAGAUUAUCAAUGAGGCGACGGCUGCCCUCGCAGACACGGGAACUACGGCACAUACGUACAAGUCACUGUUGGAGAGACUUCUUACGACCAGCAGAGAAAUCGGUCAACUCGACUCUGAGCUGGAAGCGUUGGUGGCGACUGAGAGCCUCGCUGAAAAGUACGCUAUGGUCCUGGAAUACGAGGAUCGCAUCACUCACACGACAGCGCUGUUGAAGGCGAAGAUUGCGGAGUUAACGGAAGGUGACCGCAGACCUCCUGCGGCCUCUGCAGUAACCGAAGAGGGAACGAGAGGUAGGUCAAAGAGGAUAAAGCUACCCAAGCUACAGCUACAGACCUUCCGUGGAGAUUUGGAUCGAUGGCUCCCUUUCUGGGAACAACUCUGCGAAGCGGUGCACGUAAACGACGAUCUCACAAAAAGUGAGAAAUUUCAAUACCUGCGGACGCUCUUGUCUGGACCACCCGCUGCCGCUAUAGCUGGUCUGCAAGCUUCGGAGGCGUGCUACGAGGACGCUGUCAAGAUACUAACCCAUCGAUUUGGUGACCGGAAAAGGAUCACCCAGGACCACCUUGCGAAGCUCCGGACCCUCCCAGCUGUGACGUCACCAAGUGAUGUCAGAGGACUUCGACGACUGUACGAUCACACGCAGGCUCAUAUCCGUGGUCUGCGAGCUCUGGGAGUUGCCAACUCAGCGUACGCUGCUUUGCUGGUGGACAUCCUUCUCAAGGCACUACCCAGCGACAUCACACUGGAGUACUAUCGCCGAUCAGCACGUGCAACAACAGCAACCGCUGUUCAACAGGACAGUGCAUCGGGAGAUGGUCAACGAGAAGUACAGCACGAGACCUCGUACACCGAAAAGGAGUUAGAGAGAGUACUGGACUUCCUGCGUAUCGAAGUGGAAAGCCGUGAGAAGUCCGGUAUGGUCAGCACGAACAGAGACGGGCCACCCAGAGGUGGAACCCUGGGGAAGAGUCUACGGAAAGAGAACGUCCCAGCCGCGGCCGUACUGCAGUCAUUAGCGAAAGCCACGUCAAAGUGCAUCUUCUGCGACUCGGAAGACCACAGCAGUGGAGAUUGCAACACACCCAUUGAACUGGAACGAAAGAAGAAGGUACUCGCGACGGACGGCCGCUGCUUCAGGUGUACCGUCAAGGGGCACCGAGCUAAGGACUGUAGGCGAAAAGUCACAUGCUUAACAUGCAAGGGGAAACACGUGACCUCCAUGUGCGACCCUAAAUGGUCGGGAAGCUCGUCAACGAAAGCGAAAGAAGUUGACACAGUUGCCAUGCACGCAGCAAGCUCCGAUCGACUGGAGCUACCGGUACUGGAUGAAGUAACCGUGCGACUGAACACAUUUGGGGACCCAGAAACGUCAGUAAGUUCACACAGAAGAAGACUGGUCCAGGUGUGUUUGCGGAGCCAGUACGAUCAGAAAGAGCAUCUGAUUGAAGCCGUAGAAAUUCCUUUCAUCUGUAAGGACCUGGCAGAAGCCACGGCAAAUGACAGCUUCGUGGACGCCAUCAGAAGGGAGGGCGGUUUCAUUGCCGACGAAAUGUUCUUCCCAGGAGCGAAAGCCGAAGCAGGAAUCUGUCUUCUGAUUGGAGCGGAUCAGAUGUGGAGGUUCCUAAAGUCCGAUGUGCGACGGUCAGGGGCGGACGACCGUACAGUUGCGGUGAACACGCAGUUAGGCUGGACGUUCCAAGGUCCCACCGCUGUCCUGUCGUCAGUCACCGGAGACGUCACGCUAACCUGCGCGUUACACGUGGAGGCAAGCAACGAGGAAAGGCCGUUUGAUCUCCGAAUGUUCUGGGAGCUGGAAGGUCUUGGGAUAACAGACGGCGCAAAUGACCAGCGCUCAGAGGACGACGCAGUGUGGCUACAUUUCCAGGACACCAUACAAAAGGAGGACGGCCGAUAUAAAGUGAGUUUGCCGUGGAAGACUGGCAGUGCCACGCUGAGGGACAACCGGGAAGUGGCUGAGCGUAGGCUGAGAAGCCUGAUGAAGAGACUUCGUUCGAACAAAACUCUUCUGCUGGAGUACGAUUGUGCGAUGAGGAAGUACCUCAACGACGGACAUGCAGAGGUAGUUACCGAAGCGGAGCAAGCACCAACAGAGCAUAUUUACUAUAUGCCACACCAGGCGGUUGUCCGGGAGAAUUCAACGACAACGAAGCUCAGAGUUGUCUUUGAUGCUUCUUCGCAUGCCCCGGGGACCGCAUCUCUGAACGCGCAUCUCGAAAAGGGACCGAAGCUAAACACGGAACUACUGCCGCUGCUGUUGCGCUUUCGGACGGUCAAGGUCGCUCUGGUGGCGGACAUUGCCAAAGCGUUCCUCCAGAUUGUAGUCAGGGAAGAGGAUCGUGACGCACUUCGUUUCCUGUGGUGUAACGAAACGCCGAAGGAAGAUGGUCAGUUGCCCAACGUGGAAGUCUGGAGAAUGAAAAGAGUACCGUUCGGUACAUCCUCCAGUCCUUUCCUUUUGUCGGCGACAAUACGGUACCAUCUAAAGAAUGUGGAGGAGCACCUACAGGAAACUGCAGCGCAUCUUGCAAAUUCCUUUUAUGUGGAUGACCUAUUGACUGGCGCUUCAAGCGAGGAUGAAGCUGAACAACUGUACAAGGACGCGAAUACAGUCAUGAGGGCGGCUGGGAUGGAGUUAAGAAAGUGGGCAUCGAAUUCCCCGGUUCUCAAUCGCCUCUUCGCAGAUCACGAGCCACGCUUAGAAGAGCACUACGCUGCGACCAUAGAAACAGGACUUUUGGGAUUACGGUGGAAUCGACACACUGACAGCAUCAAGCUCGCGGAAUGCAGCCCACCCAACACCACGUCGGCGGGCAACACGAAACGGUCGGUGCUGCAGCUCUCAGCCUCGAUUUUCGACCCACUUGGUGUUGCCAGUCCAUUCACGAUACGGGCUCGCAUGCUCUUCCAGCGCAUCUGGCAGCAUGGUCUUAAUUGGGACGACGAACUACCUGAAGAAAUAGCUUUGGAGUGGAAGCGCUGGUGCGAGGAACUGCCGGACAUGGCAAGAAUCGAAAUACCUCGGUAUGUGAGCCAAGGGGUUAAAGACAUUGCGAACGCAAUCCAGGUGCACGUCUUCACGGACGCCAGUAAGUCGGCUUACGGAGCCACCGUAUACCUGCGCACAGAGGACGUCAAUGGAAAAGUCGUGGUCACACUGAUGGUUGCUAAAGCACGAGUUGCGCCGCUAAAAACACUGACCCUGCCCCGCCUAGAACUCAUGGGAGCUCUAAUAGGAUGUAGGCUGGCCAAAAGCCUUUUGGGUUCGCUCUCUCACCUUCCCCUCCAGCUAAUCUUCUGGACAGACUCGAACAUCGUACUCUGUUGGAUCAAAGGAUCGGCACUGCGGUGGAAGCAGUUUGUACGCAACAGGGUGACAGAAAUUCAAACUGCAACCGAUCCAGCUGCUUGGAGGCACUGUCCAGGGGAGCAAAAUCCAGCGGACCUGCUCACAAGAGAAACUGCUACACAGCAAGAUAUGGUUUAG